GAUAAAGAAGCAGCUCAGCUUAUUUGGGUUAAUUUGAAAAAUCUUCAUUGAAUAAGGAAAUCCCAAAGCAAAGCAAAUCAAUAGCAGAAUAGGAGAACGGUUCCCUCACAGGGAAAUGUCAUUCAUCCCUGUAAACUACUGGAACUUAUUACGUGGGAAUAUGGCAUGGUUGGUGGUUGGUCAUCCGUUUCUUUCAAUGACUCUGUGCUUGGCAAAGGCUGAACGGCAAGUAUUAAUAAAUAAACUAAGUUUUUGGCUAUUUGUCUUAUUGAUAUUCUUUUGUACACUCCGUCAAACGUUCAUAUAUUUGUUCUACCUCUAACAUAGACUUCCAGCGAAAACAAGAAAACCUCAUAGCAAAAACCAUGUGUUGCUGCUGCUGCGAUGAUGAUUGUAAAUGCAGGCCUUUAGGCUUUCUCUUAGGCCUACCCUUUGCUCUCCUCUCUGUCCUCCUCUCUGUCAUCGGUGUACUUAUAUGGAUUGUUGGACUGGUGUUGUCCUGCGUAUGCCCUUGCUGCUUCUGUGUGACCAUCAUAGUUGAGUUCGCACUGGGGUUGAUCAAGGCUCCUAUCCUGGUCAUGAAGUGGUUCACCUCAAAGAUUCCUUGCUAGGGUUCUUGCAUAUAGAUGUCAUCGAUUUCUGUUUUACAGUGUAUGCGAUUCCAUUCAUUGCUGAAUAGCACUGGUUGUAGUUUGACUUUUUAUUUGGACAUGGGAGUAGGAUGACUCUAUUUUCUGGCCUCUCUCGAUUCCUCCGUCCCUUCACCUUAUGGCUUCUGUUAAAAUUGAAUUUUCCUUCCUUUGAUUA